UCAACGUAAAGAGGUCUCCAAUUGGCAGGCCGGUUUGAAGACGAAUUGGCCCCGGUGAUUUUUAUUGGUCUUGCAUCACGCGCGGUGUGCCUGCAAAUAUCGCGGCCUGUACAAAGUCGUUGCCAUCAAUCGGCCGAAGAUGUUGACGCAAAGGGGCGACGACAGACCGAGUGACGCCGACCUACCAAGAGAACUUCCAUUGUGAUAUCUCGUAUCUCAUACACGCACGCACGCUGACUUCAGGAUGGACCUCGCAAUGCAACUCGGUGGCAGCUUCACGAUCGGACGAAUAGGAUGUGCCCUGCGCCGGGCCCUCUCUGCUGGUCCCCUCCGACUGCCUUCCUUAAUGAACAUUCGGCACGUGAUCAUGAAGCUGAACGUCGCUCAGUCGCCAAGGGCAGUGCUUCUCCAUUCACCAAGGCCGCCAUGUUUCCAUCACACGAUCGACCUCACGAACGACCACUCGACCAACUACUCGACCGACCCCACGAACGACCACACAAACGCCGUCGUGAUGACCUUGUCGAAGUAGGUGUUGCUACAAUCUUGAAC